GACGAAGACUAGAGGACCAUCUCUCUCUCUGGAGCUGAGCGCUAUUCAGACACGCAUUCAUUCAAUUGCUGGGAGUGUCUGCCCGUGCCUUUUCCUCUCUACUUCUCUCUAGCGUCAGCGUCGGUUCGGUGGAGUCGCCGCGACAAUUCGCCGGCGGCGGAAGUGGCGUGCGGUGCUUAAACGUCGUCGUUUGUGGCAACUGAUCGGCGUGUGAACUGAAAAAGGUUGUUGCAGGCAUAUGCAUAGUUAGAUUUGUGGAAUUAAAUGCUCACACAGAAGUACGCGUUGAGGUAAAAUAAGCUUAAGAUUCUUGUGUUGCAGCAGUUGUGUUGGAGAAGAUGUUGGAAGGUCCAAAAUUUGCAGGACUAAUAGACCUAAAUCAAAACCAUGAUAAUUAUGGGCUCUCCCAAAACUUCUACCAUAAGCUUGGUGAAGGGUCAAACAUGUCAAUUGAUAGUUAUCCAAGCUUGCAGAUGAGCAACGGCGGAGGGUCUGUUGCAAUGUCUAUGGAUAACAGCAGUGUGGGAUCCAAUGAUUCGAACACUCGCAUCUUAAACCACCAGGGUCUCAAGCGCGUUGCCAACAACUACUCGGCUCAAGCCAGUGUAAACAAGGGGAAAGUUUCCCAUGGGUUGAGUGAUGAUGCACUGGCCCAAGCAUUAAUGGAUCCACAAUAUGCUACGGAAGGGCCUGAGAAUUAUUAUGAGUGGACAAUCGAUUUAAGGAAACUCAAUAUGGGGCCAGCUUUUGCUCAGGGUGCUUUUGGAAAACUUUACAAGGGGACAUACAAUGGGGAGGAUGUUGCAAUUAAACUUCUUGAGAGACCAGAGCAUGACAACGAGAGGGCUCUCUUGAUGGAGCAGCAGUUUGAACAAGAAGUAAUGAUGUUGGCAAGGUUGAAGCAUCCAAACAUAGUUAGGUUUAUUGGUGCAUGCCGGAAACCGAUGGUGUGGUGUAUUGUAACUGAAUAUGCAAAAGGAGGAUCUGUGCGGCAAUUCUUGACAAAGCGACAAAACCGAUCUGUGCCCUUGAAAUUAGCUGUAAAGCAGGCAUUGGAUGUCGCGAGGGGCAUGGAAUAUGUCCAUGGGCUUAAUUUAAUUCACCGUGACUUGAAGUCUGAUAACCUUUUAAUUGCUGCCGACAAGUCCAUUAAAAUCGCCGACUUUGGGGUUGCUCGUAUUGAAGUUCAGACUGAAGGAAUGACGCCAGAGACGGGAACAUAUCGUUGGAUGGCUCCGGAGAUGAUCCAGCACAGGCCUUACACCCAGAAAGUAGACGUUUAUAGCUUUGGUAUAGUCCUGUGGGAGUUAAUAACGGGGAUGCUUCCAUUCCAGAACAUGACAGCUGUGCAGGCGGCUUUUGCAGUUGUGAAUAAAGGUGUCCGCCCCACUGUACCAAAUGAUUGUUUGCCCGCCCUUUCUGAGAUCAUGAGCCUCUGCUGGGAUCCUAACCCGGAUGUGAGGCCUCCCUUCUCUCUGGUGGUCAGAAUGCUCGAGGCUGCAGAAACUGAGAUCAUGACAACUGUCAGAAAGGCACGUUUCAGAUGCUGCAUGACCCAACCGAUGACCAUGGAUUGACCCUUAAAAAAGAAAAAAGGAAGAAAUUAGACGCCGAGAAUAUAAGUUGUGUAUGGCAUUCAAGGGCGAUCAUUUCUUUGUUCAGAUCUAGGAUGGGAAGAAAGGACAUGGCAAGAACUGCUGCUUUGUUUUGUGUUUUUUGUUUACCUUAAAUGGAUUUAAGAAUGUGAUGGUUAGUGGUAAUAGGGAGGCUUGAUAUGUAUCUAUACAUGUCCUUUGUUUAUGUGAUUAAAACUUCUCUUGUUAAUUACUACUUGUUUGCCCUUUACCUCACCAUAAUCUUAGCAUAUCAAGGCCCUUGCAUA